UAAGACGAGAUAAUAAAACAAUUCUUCCGGCUGCACUAUUUGAAGUAGAUGAAAGUUUUACUUUUGAACAUUUACUUUAUCAGGCAGAUAGUGAAUACGUUCCUGAAGAGAAUGUUAAAGUUGAGAUUCAGGUUAAGGGUACAAAUACAUGGCACAAUGUUGUGUCUGGUAUAAAUGGAAGUUUAAAGCUGUGUACACGAGAAGAACAAAAUCAUUGUUUCUUCAUUGUUUCUUCUACAUAUAAUGUUUUUAAUGAAAUGAUGAGUGCAGCAUCCAAAAAAGUUUUGCCUGAUUCAAAACCGACAACAAAUCGUAAUGAUCAUUUAUACAAUGAUCUUUUAGCACUUUUACAUAGUAAUAAUCUUGGUUGGGAAUAUAGAACACAUAAUAUAGCUGGUAAAUCAUUUGUUAAUAAACUUACCUCUCUUCUUUAUUAUUUGGAUGAUAAGCAUCAGACUCUUAAGUUACGUAGCCUUAAAAUACCAACAUUUUUUCUUCAAUUAUCGUUAUAUCAACAAAAUACAUAUUAUAAAAAUGGAUCUCAUCAUAAAACUACACUAAAGCGUAAAGAUUUAGAAUUUUAUGCUGAUAAAUUAGAAGAGUGUAUUCUAGAACCAUGGGCAAGUAAAUUAUGUUGGAAUCAGGUUGUAACUGCUAGUUUAGAACUGUGUUCUGUUGCUCGUACAUGUGCUAACUAUUUAGAGACAGUUAACCAGCAUAUGCAAAGAAUUCAACUUGCAUCUGCUCCAGCACGAAGUCCUGAAAAUAAUAGUAAUUUAGAAAUACGAACUCCAUGUGCAAAAAAUGCUAUUAAAGAAAUAUAUUUACCAAUUGCUGAACAUAUUAAAGAUACAAGCGAAUAUGAAAUUAUAUCACUUGAAGAAUUUUUACCUGAAAACAAAGAAAAAUGA